GGCGUUUCCAUCAACGAACCGGCAAGACUGUGUAUGCAGACAACGGGACGGACGGAUAGAACUUGCCUGGAACAAAAACAAAGCACUUAUCCACACUAGCCAAUAUAAUUUCACCAUAACAAUUGCUUUUGUAAUCGCUUUUAUAUGUUUAUAAAAUAAAAUCCAUCACUAGACGGCGUCCCAGAGCUGACAACAUCCUAAACCAACUAGCCUACAUUCUGGAUAGAGGAGCUGACUGAAGAAGCCGAUUUUGCAGCGAGAUUGUGCGUCAAUCGAAUACAAAUCACAUUUUGAUAACUGGUAGAGAAGUGAACACUAUCUUACCCACAGAACAGGGCAUCUCUCUUCGCGGACUCAUAGCCUACACAAAACCCGGGUGAGAAAUAUGGCUCAACAGACCAUGUCGGAGUACAGUUCUUUGCUCAGUGACCUGUCUGAGAACAUCACCAACGAGGACUUGGACCAACUCAAGUCAGCCUGCAAGGAGGACAUCACAGAGGACCAGAGCAACACCAUCACCUCCUCCAAGGAGUGGUUCAACUACCUGGAGGAAAAUGAAAAGCUGGCACAGGAUAACCUGUCAUACAUCGAGCACAUCUUUGAGAUCUCACGACGACCAGACCUGCUGACCCGGGUCAUUGAGUAUCGUACCACCGUACUCAAGAUCUCUGAGGACGACGAGAUCGACACCAAGCUCACACGCAUCCCUUCUGCCAAGAAAUACAAAGAUAUAAUUCGCCAACCCUCUGAAGACGAGAUCAUCAAGCUGGCCCCUCCCCCUAAAAAAGUGUGAGGUCAUCAACCCUGACCUUUGCACUUUGACCCCUGGCACUCCAACCAUCUCGACCCCCCUCCUUCACCCCUCCUCACCCCCGUUCCACUAACAGACA